GUUCUGUACUUUGUCAGCAGCGGUCCUCCACCAUUUCGCUGCGUAAAGUCUCCUCCCCGCGACCGCUACAUUCUGCGCCGAAACCCAGUCUCUCCCGGUCCGUAAUUUAACUUCUUCCCACAGACCUAGGGGUACCUCGUUGGGUACCGGGAGACAGUUCGGAUUACUGGCAUUACGGAUUGAGUGCGAUUUUUCGCGGAUGACGACUCCUUCAACGAGAAUUUAGUAAAAGAAAAUUGGUCGGAAAUUUCAGAAUAUGUGGAGGGGACCCUAAUUUCAGCAUCCUGGAAGUAGAAAGCACUGAAGAUCUGUGUCUUACACGACAGACAGGUGCAGUGUGUAGCCGGGGCAGCACCGAGGAAGGACGCUCUGGGGAGGAGGCGGCGCGGCAGCACGCCUCUCCGGCUGUGGAUGUGCUGGGUGGCAACCCCCAGGCUGCACAAAAUGUGGCUGGGGAGUCCCCUCGGCAUGCCCCGCAGCCGGUCGCAGCUGCCCCGCACCCAGUCCCUCCGCUCACCGAUCCGUCCACUGUGCCCCUGCUGGAGAGCAACACCCCAACAUUCGCCAGCACGGAGAACGCCCCUCCGACCACCUUGCCUGAGACUCUACCAAUCAGUGGUAAUAUCAUCUCAGAAGAGAGUGCCGUCGGAGUUGCAAGAUCUUUGCCAGCGUCCCUCACUGAGGACUGCAGUUCCUCUGCUGAGAUGCAAAGGCUUCCAGCUUCCCUUUGUCCUCCUGUCCCCUUACAGAUUGACAAAACAGUGCAAGAGCUGCAAUACGGGUCACAAACUGAUAAAGAGAAAAGCCACUCAAACAGUCAGACAAACCAGCUUCCUAGAGAAGGUGCUGGACUUGUGGUUAUUACGGGAACAAAGGAAAAACGGUCCAUCACCUUGGAAUAUAAACCAGAGACUGGAACAAAUAUGGAACUUGGUGGAAAAGAGCACACAGGUGGGAAUAUUCUCCCACAACAACCCAAAUCUCAGAUCUGUUUCACAGCCUCAUCUCUCUCUGUCCAAGACGCUACGGAGGGUGGGGCUGUGGAGCAGUCCGACAGGACUCCAUCUGUCCAAACAAAUCAAAGCAGCCAUAUACCUCCGUCAGGUGCUGCAGAGCAAGCAGGGAGUCUCCAGGACUCGGCAUCGCCUGCACUCCUUCUGUCCUCAGCCGAAAAUAGAGAGAUUAAACAAACUAACCUGUCAAAAACUCAACCCAAAACUAUCAAGGGGAUCUCAGCUAAUGCUAGAGACGUGCAGAAAACGGCUUUUUCGGAGUCAGUUGAACACAUUGAAACGCAGCCUCAUUCAGCUGAAAUACUCGAAGCCGCAAAGGCAAGAGAGCUGCUCCCUGGAAUAUACACUUCGACUGGAAAAGGAAGCUCGGCGUCCAGCUGCGGUCCCCUUGAAGGAGCGCAGGUGGAGAGUAGCACGAGCAAAGAGCAAGCUGACUCGUCAGGCCCCACAGUGCUGCAAGAGAUUUCCUCAAAACCUUCCACCGGACCUGCUCUGUUUGACACAGGCCUAGUUGUCUCACUUCAGGCGGGGGAGGUUAUAAAAGCUGAAACAUCUCACACCUCUGACCAAGUCGCCUCAACAGAGCUCAUCGCGGAGAUUGUGCAUUCUGCCGACACUCAGGAAAUUGUGGUUGUCGGGGAGGAGGCUCAUAUCACCGGGGCCUGGCCCACCGUGCACCUGAAUCAGAGUUACCUUCUGCAGCGAGAGGAUGGCAGCGUCUGCGAAGCCGCCAUCGUCAACGAGCUGACUUCGGAGAUCUCCGCUGGGGAGCCGAAGCUGUACACAGGAAGCGUUCAGACGCAGAUGGAGCUGGGCUCUCAACCUGUGGAAGUGUACGAGUUUUGCAGUCUGGUGGAGGAGGUCGCAGAGGAGACGGUCUGUGCCAGCAGUGCUGCACAGAUGCCUCAUUCUCCUGGAUAUGAGGUGAACUUAUUCAACGCUUUACUAGAAAACUCUGAGGACCUCGAAGCAUCUAUCCACACAGUUGGUGAAAACAACACCAUCAUAAUCUCCCAGCAGCCCUUGCGUUCAACAAGUGAUAUAAAUCAGGCUUGCUCUAGCAGUAAUUUAUCCAUACGAAACACAAGCAUGGCCGGAGUUGAACAGCAUUUGGUGUUAGAUGCUAACCAAGCUGUUGAAGUGGCACACUCAAGUGCGGUUUGUUUAGUUGAAGUAGCGGCCGUUACUGCUGACUCAUUCACUGUUGAACAGGCGGACACCAGCGCGCAAAUCGGGACACGGGUCGGUGCUGACCAGACGGAGGUGAGCGGUACUGCUGUGCUUCAGACUGUUGGCCCAAAACAGGAAGCAGAAGUAACAGUUGCUUCGUUAUCUCUCUUAUCCCCAGUGGUUACUAUUACCAGUGGAAACUUGGGGAUGCAGGCCCCUGUUGCUGUUACACUUUCUCAUAUAGGAAACCAACCCUCCCUAAAUCAGACCCCAGGAGUCACUGUUGUAAGUGUCACAAAGCCUGAGGUCUGUGUUUCUGCUUGUGACGGGACCAAAGAUUCCCCCGCUGUCACCACAACGGCAUCAGUGACUGUUCAGAAUGUCGCUAUGCCCUCAGUAAGCAAGCCAGUGGCUUUGCGUGCCGCUCCUGGGGCUAUAAAUCCAACGCUGCUCCUUCUCAAACCGGGAGAAACUCCUCUCCUGAAACACCCACCCUCCUUUUCAUUGUCUAAGCAACAGAAUGCAGACGGCAAGCUGGCCAAUGCCCACGGCUCCUGCUCCUGGUCUGGCACGGUGUCUGAGGAGUGCCUUCCCCAAACAGUCUCCGCUCUUAGCAGCUGCAGCGAUCAGACGCAGCGGGCUGUCAAUGAAUUGUCAGUGGUAGCAGCAGCAGGAGCUUCUGUCAAGCUAGAAAGUGGUAAUAUUUCUCUUGAACCCGACCCGGCUACACCUGCCACCCCCUUAACGACUACUACAAGCAAACCUGAGGCCUUAACCGUUAGCAGAACUUUAUCCCAAGAUGUUUCCACAGCAGCCGCUACGCUGCACAGUUCGAACAUGCUCACAGCUUCAGUCUCAGCAUCCACCAGCCCCGGCGACUUCCCCAGCCAACCCGAUUCCAUCUACGGGGAGGAAGAUGGCGAGGACAUUGAGCAUGACGACCCUGCGGGAGAAACUGAGGUCCAGGAGAGCAACUCGGGACAGGUUAGCAGCCCAGAAGAAGGCAGUGACGACGAAGCCGACGGCGAAAAAAGCGAGAUGACCACCCCCAGCUCGCCACACAAGCAUGGACAGAGCAGGACAGACAGACAAGCACUGUUUCUUAAGGUACGCCAGUGGAUUGCAGACAGGGUCACUGGGAAUUCUUCUCCUGGAUCACCCUCAACCUUCUCCUACCCCGGAUCCUCAACCACACCUGACUGGUCCACACCACGGCGGGAGAGGUCCUCGCCUCUCCGGGGUCCCCACGGAAAGUUUGUUUCACCUUCCUCUUUCGGUGCCUACAGUUCGUCGUCUUCGCCGCCAGACCAGGGCUCCUCUCAGCGGUCCCGCAGUGAGCGUCACACCGACAUGGCAGAGCUGGCUAAACAUGAAGCUGACAUCGAGCAUCGAACACAGGCACUGAAGCGAGAGGGCUUCUGGUCAAUGAAGCGACUCACCCGCUUGACGGAGCCACCGCGGCCAAAGGUUCACUGGGAUUACCUGUGUGAGGAGAUGCAGUGGCUCUCGGCUGACUUUGCUCAAGAGAGGCGGUGGAAGAGAGGCGUGGCCAGAAAGGUGGUGCGGAUGGUGAUGCGGCACCAUGAGGAGCUGAGGCAAAAGGAAGAAAAAGCAAAGCGGGACGAGCAUGCUAAAAUCAGACGAGUCGCCUCUUCUAUCGCAAAGGAAGUCCGGGCUUUUUGGAGCAGUGUAGAGAAGGUGGUACAGUACAAGCAGCAGUCCAGGCUAGAGGAGAAGCGGAAGAAGGCGUUGGACCUUCAGCUGGACUUCAUUGUUGGCCAGACGGAGAAAUACUCGGACCUCCUGAGCAAGUCCUUGGCACCCAUCAGGCCUGCUGAGACCGUCGUGUCUCCACAGAAAUCCCUGCCUAAUCCUGUCGAGGAGGAUGACAGAGACUUUGAACCUCCCUGUGAAGAGGAGGAUGAUGAAGAGACCAUAGAGGUGGAGGAGCAGCAGGAGGGAAAUGAUGCUGAGAGCCACCGGAGGGAGAUUGAACUGCUGAAGGAAGAGGGCAUGCUGCCACUGGACCAGCUGCUCAGCAGCCUCAAUCUGCCUCAGGACCAGGGCUCGGACGAAGAAUGCUCUGAUGAAACGUCUUCAUCAGAGGCGGGGGAGGAAGAAGACGGGGAAUUCACUGCCAACGAAGAGGAUGCUGAGGAUGAGGAGGACACGAUAGCAGCUCAGGAGAAGGUGGAAGGAAAUGUAGAUCAUGCAGAGGAACUCGAUGAUUUAGCCAAAGAGGGCGAUAUGAGCAUGGAGGAGUUGCUGGAGAAGUACAAAGGAGCGUAUGCCUCAGACUUUGAGGUCCCGUCUGCUUCUGGCUCUAAAGCGAGCUCUGAUUCGGAGGUGUCUGGGGAUGAGGAGGUGGAGACUGAAGAAGAUGAGAGUGAUGUGGAAAGUAACACUUCUUCCUCAGAUUCACCAGGCGACAGUGCUGAAGAUGAGGAGAGCGAGAAGGAUGAGGAAGAGAGUGAGGAGGAAGACGAAGAGGAGUGUGGAGAUGAAGGGAUGGAGGUUUUGCUGAAGGAGGGAGACAGCAGCCCGUCUUCCUCUGGCUCGCGGCCAAAGAAGGAGAUCAGUCACAUUGCUGCUACUGCAGAGAGCCUGCAGCCCAAAGGCUACACUUUGGCUACCACAAAGGUCAAGACCCCCAUUCCAUUUCUGCUUCAUGGCACAUUACGAGAGUAUCAGCACAUCGGUCUCGACUGGUUGGUCACCAUGUAUGAGAAAAAGCUAAACGGCAUUUUGGCUGAUGAGAUGGGCCUCGGCAAGACGAUCCAGACUAUUGCUCUGCUGGCUCACCUCGCCUGUGAGAAAGGUAACUGGGGCCCUCACCUCAUCAUCGUCCCCACCAGCGUAAUGUUAAACUGGGAGAUGGAGCUGAAGCGCUGGUGUCCAGGGUUUAAAAUCCUUACGUAUUUUGGCAGUCAAAAGGAGAGAAAGUUAAAGAGACAGGGCUGGACAAAGCCAAAUGCUUUCCACGUUUGCAUCACUUCUUACAAGCUGGUGCUGCAGGAUCACCAGGCCUUCAGGCGAAAGUCUUGGCGCUAUCUGAUCCUCGAUGAGGCCCAGAACAUCAAGAACUUCAAGUCCCAGCGCUGGCAGAGUCUGCUGAACUUCAACAGCCACCGGCGACUGCUGCUGACAGGAACCCCUCUACAGAACAGCCUGAUGGAGCUCUGGUCCCUCAUGCAUUUCCUCAUGCCCCACGUCUUCCAGUCCCACCGCGAGUUCAAAGAGUGGUUCUCCAACCCGCUGACGGGAAUGAUCGAGGGCAGUCAGGAGUACAACGAAGGCCUGGUUAAGAGGCUUCACAAGGUGCUGAGGCCGUUCCUGCUCAGGAGGAUCAAGGCUGACGUGGAGAAGCAGAUGCCCAAGAAAUAUGAGCAUGUGGUGCGCUGCCGUCUGUCCAAGAGACAGCGAUUCCUCUACGAUGACUUCAUGGCGCAGGCAUCGACCAGGGAAACGCUGGCCAGUGGUCACUUCAUGUCUGUGAUUAACAUCCUCAUGCAGCUUCGCAAAGUGUGCAAUCAUCCCAACCUUUUUGACCCUCGACCCAUCCAGUCUCCCUUCAUCAUGCAACCCAUUAUUUUCCACACAGCCUCUCUGGUGCAUGACGCCCUGGAGGUAUCUCCUUUGAAGCGCUGCGACGUUUCCAUGUUUGACCUUGUUGGUUUGGAGAGCCGCGUGUCCCGUUACCAGGCAGAUGUCUUCCUGCCACGCUACAGGGCCAGUCGCCAACUAAUCCAGGAGAUCAUGGAGUCCCCCGAACCUCCUCCAAGGCCCAAACCAGUCCGCAUGAAAGUCAACAGAAUGUUUCAGCCGCCUCCUAAAGGUGAUAAUCGCCCAGUUCUCCUGAUGAACAAACCUACCUGCUCCGUCCCCCCUGCAGCACAGACCCCCAAACCACCUCCAGUCACUGAAGUCACCUCAGCUCCUGCACCCGCUCCUGUAGUUCAGCAGGUGGUCUGUUCAGUCGCAUCCACUCCUCCUCGCCCAUCUCUUCAUCCUACCGCUCAAACUGCAGUGAGGUCCAAUGCUCCAAAAGCGAUGCUGACUGUACGGCCUCCCACUGCUCCCUGCACAGCCACUAUCCCAGCUCAGCCGAGUCCAAACCCCAGCAAUGUCAUGCCCCAGAGGGUCCUGCUUAGUCCAGAUAUGCAAGCUAGGUUGCCUUCUGGGGAGGUAGUAAGUAUAGCCCAGCUGGCUUCUCUGGCAGGUCGGCCUGUGUCGUCGUGUCAAGGAAGCAAACCAGUCACCUUCCAGCUUCAGGGCAACAAGUUGACUCUGUCUGGAGCACAGAUCCACCAAGUUCCAGCAGCUUCCUCACGCCCAGUUCAAGGUAAUGUGAUAAACCUGGUCCCCGGUGGCGUGCAGCAUCACCUCAUCAGCCAACCUGCACAGGUGGCUGUCCAGAGUACAGUCAGCACACACCCUGCAAACAAUCCCUCUGCUGCCCCCCCUGCUAAUCGCCUGCCACACAACACCACCUCUCAAGUGUCCUCAACCAUGGUGAGCAGCCCUGGGGUCGUGAAGAUCGUUGUGCGUCAGUCAACAGGCAAGGAGGGCGGGCCUGUGCCCACCCUGGCUGUGGCCCCUUCCCCUCGUGUCGCUCCCCAGCCAUCCCCUUCCCUGCACCCACACGCCAACACGACCCCCGUCAGGAACACCGCUCCACUGCAAAUUGCCCAGCGCACCCCUGGUCCUGCUACCGCCCACUACACCAUAGCUCCUCCCAGAAACCCUAGCUCAGCCCCGAACCAGCCCCAACCCCCUCGCCCUGUCCUCAAAGUAGUGCAGCCUCCUCCUCCAUCGAGCACAGAACAGCCAGCUCCAGCUCAGGUGAGCGCCUCUUCUUCUGCUCCAAAGACCUCAGCAACACCGCGGGAAAGUAGCAGCAGCAGUCAGACAGCAGUUAGCACAAAGUCAAAGUCCAAUCUGGGUGCAAAAGCCUUCCCUCCACCCAGGAAGGUGCCUCGUCCUGCUCCCCGUUCGCCUUUCUACAUGUCAUGGCUUGCAGACUCCGAGAAACAGCAGCACGACAGCCGGCUGGACUUCAUCUUUCGAGUCAACGAACUCCACUGUGGAGCAAAGCCCAUGUAUGGUCAGGAGGUUCUGGACUUCCUGACUUUCCUGCCCGGUCGUCGUCCAUCACCUGCUGCCCUGAACCCUCAGGGAGAGUGGGGCCGCUCUGGCCAGAGCAGCUGUCUGUAUGCACAGCAGCAAAACGAGCACGACUACUGGUUUCACAGUCACGCUGUAAGAGAGGCCAUCCACAGCAUCGAAGGACGGCUGGAGCUGCUGAGUGACAUCAUAGACCGGUACACAUUUGCAAUUCCUCCAGUGGAAGCUCCACCCAUCUCCAUGCACUGCUGCCAUCCUCCGCCAUCUCUGAACCACAAGCAGGCAGUCUUCUCCUCCAUGUUAUCAGCUGAAGUCACGCCGCUCACUCGCAGCCUCCACCACGUCCAGUCCUAUAUGAGGACACAGUUCCCUGACCUGAGGCUCAUACAGUACGACUGUGGUAAGCUUCAGACUCUCCACACGUUGCUGCGAAAGCUGAAGGCGGGAGGCCACAGGGUGCUGAUUUUCACUCAGAUGACUCGAAUGCUGGAUGUGCUGGAGCAGUUCCUCAACUACCACGGACACAUCUACCUCCGUCUGGAUGGCAGCACCCGGGUGGAGCAGAGACAGGCGCUCAUGGAGCGCUUCAAUGCAGAUCGACGCAUCUUCUGCUUCAUUUUGUCAACCCGCAGCGGCGGCGUCGGGGUCAAUCUGACCGGGGCCGACACUGUGGUGUUCUACGACAGUGACUGGAACCCCACCAUGGAUGCUCAGGCUCAGGACCGAUGCCACCGAAUCGGCCAGACCCGCGACGUCCACAUCUAUAGGUUGAUCAGUGAGCGCACGGUGGAGGAGAACAUUUUGAAGAAGGCAAACCAGAAGAGGAUGCUGGGAGAUAUGGCUAUCGAAGGAGGAAACUUCACCACGGCCUUCUUUAAACAGCAAACCAUCAGAGAGCUGUUUGAUGUGAAUGAGGGGGAGAAGAGGGAGGCGGCGGUGGAGCUGUCGGUGCCCCAGGCUGAGGAGGAGGAAGCCGUCAACAAGCAGAGCACCACCAUCCUGGAGCAGGCGCUGUGUCGUGCCGAGGAUGAGGAGGACAUAGUGGCGGCCUCUCAGGCCAAAGCAGAGCAGGUGGCCGAACUGGCGGAGUUCAACGAAAACAUACCGCUUGAUGACGGCGGGGAGCAGGAGGAAGUGGAGGAGCUCUCUAAAGCCGAGCAGGAAAUAGCCGCACUGGUGGAGCAGCUCACUCCCAUUGAGCGCUACGCCAUGAACUUCCUGGAAGCUUCGUUAGAAGAUGUGUGCAAAGAGGAGUUGAAGCAGGCUGAGGAACAGGUGGAGGCUGCCAGGAAGGGUCUGGACCAGGCAAAGGAGGAGGGCCUGAAGCUCCACACAUCAUCUGAUGAUGACGAGGACGACUUUUUGUCAACACCAACUUCUGCUGAACCCGCCCAUCCAGCUCCAGCCCGUCGUGGUCGUAAACCCAAGGACAAGACUGCCACCUCUACAAGGACUAGCGGCCGACUCCGUGGGGCCUCGCCUGAAACUGAGCCUGAGCCCACGACUCCCAGAGAAGUGCCUGAAAGAUCCCGCUCAGGUCUGAGAGGACGAGGAGCUGCCAAAGACACAGGUUCUGCGUCUACGAUCCCAUCCCGCACAGACCACCACAAAACGUCAUCAUCCACCCGGGUUCAAGAUUCCUCCAAAUCUUCGAAAGCGUCAUCUCCCGCCAGAGAUCACCAGAACGCCAAAACCAGGACUCAACCAAACCGCUCCCAUCCUAGCCCAGUGCCUUCCCCUCCUACAGCCUCGCCCCCUGGUGGGAAACAGCAGUGUGCUGGGGAGACGGACAGUAAAAUCUCCAAAACGGGGAGGGAGGAGAAGGAGGUGGAGAAGGAGAGGAGGGCGUCUGAGUCAUCGCUGGAGUCCAGCUGUCCGGCGGAUCAUCAGACUAAGGAUGAUGACAGUAAAGACUGCGCCAUGUCUCCUCCCUCCACCAGCUCACGGUCGCCUCGCAAGCGGCAGUCAGCUGACGGUGAAGUGCUGCGGGGACUGGUUGAAGAUUCACCAUCAGCCAAAGUUCUGCGGAAGCUCCCGGGCCGGCUAGUCACAGUGGUGGAAGAGAAAGAGCCACGAAAGAGGCGGCGGCGAGGAAGUGGGACGGGAGGUGGUUGCUCUUCAGAAGAGGCAACGGCGGAGGACAGCGGUGCUGGAUUUGUUGACGAGCCAAACAAGGAGGACGCAUCACAGAGCCCAGAUGGCAAAACUAAAGAGACUGUUACCAAAUCCCCUCUGGACCAAGACGCUACCCCAAGUCCGCCUGUGCACCCUCAGCCUGUCAGAGGCUAUCCUCCAUAUUCCCCUCCUCAUCUGUCUCCUGACAUGCCAGUGCUGAGGAAUCUUCCCGUGCGGCGCAGAUUGGAAACCGAAUCUCGUAUGGCUGCCCAGAUGGGAGAGCAGCAUCUAGGGAGAGGACGGGGAGUGAACCAGUCCAAGAAAACGGACAUCCCACCAGGCAGAGACGCUGCUUCCGCCUCUGCUGCGGAGUCCAGCGUGAACUCUCUCAUGCCACCUUUGAAAAGAAAGAGGGGCCGGCCCCCUAAGACUCCCACAAGACUACCUGAACUUGACAACGCAUCAACCACAUGCCCACAUCCCAUCUCGGCAAUUGAGGAAGGAAACCCGCCACUGUCCCCUAAACGUAAGAGGGGUCGUCCCCGCAAGGACUCAACGACCACGCUAGAGACCGUUAAUGAGAGUCAGAACACUGAUCUAUCUAAAAGUGAUUCCAGGACAGAACUGACGAUCUCAGAGACCCCGCCUCCUGCUGCUAUUUUUGAAAUGACUCGGUCUUCACAGUCGACCAAAGCUGAUCAGACAGACACUAAAAUUGAGGCUUUGGCCCCGCCUCCAAAUCCAGCCUCCUCAACAAAGUCAGAUGAAGUUUCCACACCUGUCUCACUUCCCACUUCACCUGCACCCCAGGUGACCUCACUGAUCUCUGAGACUGCCUCUCCCCAAGUGGUUGCUUCAGCCCCAGCUCCAAGUCCAGCACCAGCACCAGUCCUCUCUUCUUCCACAUAUACCUCCACCCCCGUCAGCAACACAGCUCCGUCUCCACCUGUCAGCGAUGUCUCACCUCCUCCUCCAGGUGUUAAACCAACACUUGUGGUUUCCACAGUUUCAGAUGCUGCUGUUCAACCAGCUGUGGAGGCAACCACCACCACAACCACACCAAUUACACACUCCACUCCACCCACUACGUCAUCUUUCAAAGCUGUUAAAGACCCCACCCCAACACUCACAACAGCUGCUACCACAGCGUCUGUAACAGUUAGUAUUACACCACAAGUCACCACUGCAAUGACAUCACCUCCAACUUCUCUUGUGAAGGACUUGCCACAAGCCUCUCUAGCCUCCACACCCUCCAGUCAUCCUGUAUCGAGUCUGGAUACAGUUUCAUCCAAGCAGACCCCUCCAACUACACCUUCCCCCAAACAGACCUCCCCAGCUCCAUCUUUACCCAAGCAGAGCCUUCAAGCUACAGCUUCGCCUAAGCAAGCCCCUGUAGCUACACCUUCCCCCAAGCAGACCUCCCCAGCUCCACCUUCGCCCAAGCAGACCUCCCCAGCUCCACCUUCGCCCAAGCAGACCCCUCCAGCUACAGCUACGACUGUGACAGCUCCAGUAAAAACAGCACAAACCAGUAUGUUAGACUCAAUCCAGACAGUGUCUGACAAGACUUCUACAUCACCACCAGUCAAAACAGUGGCACCAUCUUCUGGUAAUACAGCUCCACCUUCCCCUCCAGCCAAAGCAAAGACAAUUGAAACUGCUAACAAAAGCCCGACCGAACAAGCAUCACCAACUGCAGAGGUUCAGGAACAUGUAGAGCCCGAAAAGCCUUCAGCAUCAAGUCCAGUCUGCACGCCUCCUCCAACUACAACUUCCCCAAGUGCUGUUACACCUGCAGAGGCAAAGAAGGCUUCAGCAGCUUCAUCACCCCCAGCAGAAGGAGUAACAACACCUUCAACUGCAGCGCCAUCCAAAGUCCUCACUUCUUCUUCUCCUCCCAAAACUGCAGAAAAGACUGACAAGACACCUCCGGUAACAGCUACAACAUCAGCAUCACUGUCUGUCACCAUAGCUACAUCAUCACCAGAAAAGUCUGCUUCCCUAGGGUCAACAACCACAACCAUCACCCCUGCUUCAGUAGCUACAGUCACAGCAUCCACAACCAAAACAGCUCCACCCGUGUCCACUACACAAACCUCUGCAGUCACUUCCUCUCAGCUACAAACUUCUUCAUCCACAAGUGUUCCUGCACCAUCUCAGACCGAGGAAGCCACACCUGCUCCCAUAUCCGCUCCCUCAUCCACUCCCCUCGUUGCACCAUCUUUAGAGCCAUCAACAGAGAAAGAGUCAGCUUCUAAAAGCGACCAAGAAGAGGUGACAGAAAUGGAGGCUGAAGCUGCGAUGAGUAAGGAAGACGACGACAAAAACUCAGACAUUAGCCAGUCUCAGCCUAAAAGAAGAAAGGUGGAGAGUUCCUCUGAGACCAAAGAGUCAGGAAGGCCCCAAGGAGUGGGACGAGAAACAAAAACCACAACCCCCAUUCCGAAAGAUGAAGCUAACCCUCUGGAAGAAGAGAAAACUACUGAGGAUCAGAAACCUGCUAUCCAGAAAAGGUCACUUAGUCGCCAGAGUAGCCAGGAGUCUGCUUGCUCUUCUUCGCCAUCGUCUGGGUGCUCUACCUCCACCCUCACCCGCCAUGCCCACCACAAGAGGACCUACGAGAACAGACAUCCUACCAAGAAGAGGCGAGUGGAUCCUACAUCAGAGGCAGGGAAGGAGGACAAGGAGGAACAUGGCGAGGAGGAGGAGGAGAAGAUAGAAGAGGGUAGUGAGACGGACCUUCCCCCCACUGCCUCUCGAAGGAGGCGCUCCAGGUCUCCUUCCUCUUCCUCCUCCGACUCUGACAGCAGCAACAGCAGGAAGGAGCACCGGCUCACUCGCUCAGCAAAACGCAGGCUCCAAGAUCAGGAGAAGGAAAAGUGCACCAAGGACAGGAAGGGAGCCAAACCAGCACGCAGCUCGGACAGAAAUGCGUCAAACAACGCCAAUGCGUCCACAGGAGGAGAGUCGGGCAGCGAUACGUCUUCUGUUAGGAUCACCAGGAAGUCUGUGGGAUCACAGCCGCCACAGGACACUAAAACGCUGACCAACAGCACGCCCUCGCUACCUCCUGAGCCAGAGGUUCUAGGGAAAAGGUGCUCAGCACUCAAUGCAGCAGCCAAGCUUUUAGCUAUGAAAGGCAGGGUGGACACCCCAGGCCACACACCUCGGAAAGACUCCACCCCUAAAGCUCCUGCGACUUCCACCACUGCCCCUUCGGACAAAAACCAAAAGCCUAAAAGUAAAAGUGUGCCAGCCUCUCCUCAGAGCAACUCUGUGACCAAUAACAAAAGCAGCAAACCUUCAACACCCAAUCAGGCGAGCCGAUCUACAUCACGCUCCACCAGACAGUGCCCUGGCUCUCUGGUUCCACCCUUAGAGGUGGAGUACAAGAGGCCUAAACCAGAGGAGAAAGAGAGAGGGAGCAGGAAGUCCUCGAGGGGCAAGGAAGGCGAGGGAGAGACGCGAUCGUCGUCAAGGGGCCACAGCGCCUGCAGCAGCAUGAGCAGCGAUGGCGAGGGCGACUGCGGCGGACGCAGCAGCAGAAGCCGCAGCAGCAGCAACAGCAGCCAGCGCACCCUCAGCUCCCAGAACACGGAGCACCGAGGUUCCCGCUCCCGUGCCACUUCCUCCGGCAGCGAGCGGGAGAGGGACCGCAGCCCUGAGCGGGCAAAGAGCCGUGACAAAAAGGAGAAACAACACCGAGAGAGUCGCAAGGAGAGCAGGAGGUCCCAGAAGCUCUCGCAGGAUGUGACCAGCAGCUCGGGAACCGAGGGGUCAACGCCAGACAGGGUGCUACGGAGUGUUGCUGCACUCGCUGCAGUGCAGGCCCGCUCACCGGCCGCAAGCACCCGCUCCUCCUCAAGCCAACAGCGUCACAAUAAGACAUGAUUGGAGUGCCAAAGGGGAGAAUUAAAAAAAACAAAAAAAAAACAGAAGCGAGGGUGUGGCGGAGCGUGAUACGAGAGCAUGACGUGAUCUCCAAGGUUGCUGCUUUGUCUGCACUCUGAGGAAAAACAAGAGCAAACUGAGUGCUGCACAAGCCAGGGACCUCACCGCCUCUCGGGCCCUCUCCCUUUCUAGUCGGGGCACGCCAGCUCUGCUUUUGAGCGCUGGGGGAAGGCUCAGGGACGCUGGACUGACAGUAAACAGGUGGCGCCGCUGUCGAGCGUCCAGAUAUGUGGACAUGCCGUGGAUAAAACUCACCACUUGGACUCGGAGGGGGUGGGGCGUGGGUGGGACAAAAGGUGCAAGUUGUUAGUUCACAUAAUGUACUGUAAUCAUUAAAAGACUGGAACACUCAGAUGCUCUGUUAAGACAGGGUUAACGGCGCCCUCUGCUGGGGUUACCCAUGAAAAGUAAUUUGUGUGACAUUUAAAAGUCUCGAGUGAGCGGUUGUAUUGUAAGUUGAAGGUUUUAGAAAGUUUGGUUUUGAGAUUUUCUGUCCUGACUAUUGUUUCUCUGUAGUCAGUUGAUAAGUUAUGCAUAUUUUAUUAUUUCUUCCAGGUUAUUAGGAAGAGAACAGAUCUGUCAAUGUGAUCUUUGCUGCACUAUGCUGGAGCUCGUCUUUUUGUUUGGCCCCUCCUCUCCCCCUCUUUGUUUAUUUUUAAUUUUUUUUAUUUUCUCCAUGUCACUUUCUGUUCAUCGGAUUCGAAAAUCCAGCCUUGCAUUUCUCUUUUGCACAUCUUUAAUAACGUGGCCCUCGGCUUUUUUUCAGUACACCGUGGUGUUGUGAUGCGUUUGUUCAUCAACUGAAGUUGAUGAAUUGGUUCCUGGUACCUGACGAUGUUUGUCUCCAGUUUGGAAAAUGUAUUAUCUUUAGUCACACCACAAAAUCCAGCUUUCAUCCCCCCAAAACGUCCUAAAGGCAGUUUAAAAAAUUACUUGUCACAAAAAGCCAAGUAAAUGUUGAGAACUGAAUUUAAGAGUGCCUCUGUGGCCAAAUGGUUUUGAACCUCAGAUUGCCUUGUGAAGCACCUGAAGCAGGGGUGUUAAAUUUCUCUUAUUCGGUUAUUAAAAAAACAAAUUAAUCCAAAAAAUGAUGUGGGGAAAAAUCCACCCCUUACAUGAAACAAGAAAGGAAAAACACCCCGAGCAUCAGUGCUACUGAAUUAAUGUUUCAUUUUUCACCCGAACUUUGUUUUUCUCUCACAUCAUCGAUUUUGGUUCAUGUUUAAAAAAAAAAAAAAGAAAAAAAAGAAAAAAGUAUACUUGGACAAAAUAAAAAAAAAAUGUGAAUAAAAUUACUGGUACAGUUUGAGAUGACUGUAAAUUGUUGAUUUACUUUUGAGCAAAGAUGAUAUCUGGUGGGGGGGCGGGGGGGUAGUUUAUGGUGAUGGUCUUACUUUGAUUUCUGUCUCUUUUUGUUGCAUUCCUUUGAUCCUUGUAAUUCCACAUUGUUUUACUUGAAAAUUAUGGCAAUUACAGUUGAAUAAAAAGACCAAAAAUUA